CUCCGAACUCAACUCGUGCAUGUACGUUUUCAUCGGUUUUGUUGGCAUGACAGGAUUCUUAAUUUAGAGAUAGGCAUUUACUUAGAUGAUUAAUAUUUCGUUUCUCGGAACAAAGCAACAUUUAUUUUUGCUAGAUUUGUUUGUUAUAAAUAAAACCGCGUCAAAUAAGCAUAAUUACCAAAUUAAUCUAUACAUGCCUUUUUACAAGUUAAGGAUGUUUUUAUAAGUUAUAGAAAAAUUCGUUAUUUCGUUUUCGCGGAGCUUACUCAUACCGAGAAUUAAAAAAUUUAUUUGAUUGUGAAAAAAAUUUUCCUUAAAAAAUAUAUCUUGAGGACAUCUAAGGGAAAUGUUCAGUGCAGGAAGAAGUUGCUUGGUAAGAGUGGCAAGAAGUGCUAAAAGUUUGUAUCUAAACAGCCAGAGGUCAAUGCCUUCGAAGCCUGAGCUUAAAACUUUACCAAUUUUCCAGUAUCCAAUAAGCCAAAAAGGUGAUCGCAGAGUAUAUGUGUGGGGUCUUGCAGCUCAUGGUGCUCUUGGAGAUCCGAGAGCGAUGAAAAAGAAUGGAGUCUCAUAUAUCUCAAAACCAAAAAGAUUAUCUUUUGCCGAGCGACAUAAAGUGACAGAUAUUGCCUGUGGGUAUGGCUUUACAGCUUAUGCUGUACAUUCUUUGGAUGGAAACAUUGUUUAUGGGACUGGCAUAAAUACAGAUUCGCAACUUGGUCACAAUCUUGAUGAGAAGUUUUUUAAUAUGAUAUUUGUCCCAAGACCGAUAACUUUACCAUUGAAAAACAAUUCGUCUAUGAUUAUAGACAUGGCCGCUGGAAGGGCGCAUUUAUUAAUAUUAACAACAGAGGGUCUGUUCACAUUAGGUAACAAUGCGUAUGGUCAAUGCGGCAGGCCGAUUAUAUUAAAUGAAAAUUAUGAGAAAAGUAUGACUGUACAUUGUAUACCCGACAUUAAAGGAAACAAAAUUGUCGCGGUGACAGCUGGUCAAGAUCAUAGCAUACUCUUGACAGAGACAGGUGAGAUAUACACAUUUGGCUGGGGUGCUGAUGGACAGACGGGUCUUGCACAUUAUCAAAAUGAACAUCGACCGAGUUUGGUUAAGGGUGAUCUAGCGGGACAGCGCAUAGUUAAAGUUACCUGUGCUGCUGAUUGUGUUUUAGCUCUUAGCGAUAAAGGAAAAGUAUAUGGUUGGGGUAAUUCGGAAUAUGGUCAAUUACCAGUCAGAGAAGAUAGUUAUCAAGUAAACAUUGCUACAGAAUUAGAUACACGGGAGUUAGGACAUAUUAUAGAUAUUGCAUCAGGUGGAUGUUUUUGUAUGGUUUUAAACAAUGAUGGUAAUGUCUAUGUGUGGGGAUACGGUAUACUCGGUUUUGGGCCUCAAGUGCAGAAAAUAUCAAAACCAACCCUGAUUUCUCCCACGUUAUUUGGCAAUAAUAUAUAUAAUCGUAAUGUCAAGGUAUCAAGCAUAUAUUGUGGAAUUAGUCAAUUGGCGGCACUAACUAACAUGGGAGAUUUAUACAUGUGGGGUUGCAAUAAAUUUGGAUCUUUAGGAUUAGGGCACACAAAAAAUCAAUUUUUUCCUUUAAGGGUUGCAGUGGGAGCUCAAGUGAAAAAGAUUACCUGUGGUGUGGACCAUACAGUGGCUCUUUGUAAACCUUUUAUUUAAAGCAAAUUCCAUUUAUUUAAGUGUCAGUUUAUUUAUUCAAGCAAGUUUUACAAUAUUUGUCGUAUUUCAAAGUUUUAAAACAUCGUCAAUAUAUAAAUACAUAUAGUGACUACAAAAUAUCUCACAUGCCUCACAUCAGGCAGUAAAAGGGCAGUACUAAGUGAUAUUUACAAUUCUAAUUCUAAUUUGACUAAUGUUGUAACACAUUGAUGCAAUCUUGUUUGUUAAAAAAAAUUAACUUAUAUAAUUUUUUAUACCAUUUGCUAUAAAAAUGUGUAUAACGUACUUAUGAUUAAAACAAAAAUGUUGAGCAUGUUUAUGUUUGCGUUACUUUCACAUACCAAAUUUUCAUAGGAAAUGGUGUACUUAAUCAUAUGAGGAAAUCUGCACACAGCUGGAUCUAAAAAAAAAUACAUAUAGAAAAUAAGAAAAGAAGUUAACAUCUUGAUCAACAUGUAUUUAGCAAUAUUGAGUAACAAGUAAUUAAAACGUGAAAUGUUAAAUAAUAAACUUAUAAUGUUAACAAUUUUUAA